AUGUCUACCAUGUUGGACCUCAAGACUGCUGCCACCGAGAGUGGCGUAGCGGCAGCGGACGACACGUCGGGCCACCUGGCAAACACCGAGAUUUACAUUGAUCCGGAAAUGGAGAAGCGUGUGAUGCGCAAGUUCGACUAUUAUAUGCUGCCGCAGUUUGCCGUCCUGCCGUUUGUCUUGUUCCUCGACAGGUCCAACAUAGGAAAUGCCAGAGUGUUUGGCUUCGAGGAGAGCUUGCACUUCAAGGGCAAUGAUUUCGGCAACGUCAAUACCAUUUUCUACGCCAGCUAUGUCGUAUUUGAGAUUCCUUGGGUCAUGGCGCUGAAACGCUGGGGUGCAAAUGUCAUCAUUCCCAUCUCAUUCGUCUGCUGGAGUCUGGUCACUCUGGGAACCGGCUUCGUCCAAAACUUCGGGCAGACUGUCGCGCUGCGGGUCCUCCUGGGAGUGUUCGAGGCCGGUCUGUUUCCGGGCUUGACCUUUCUGAUCUCCACCAUCUACUCGAGAGAAGCACAAGCCAUGAGAGUCGCCAUCCUCUACGCGGCGGGAUGCCUGUCUGGCGCAUUUGGCGGUCUCAUUGCCUAUGGGAUUCAAACCAUGGGUGAGCAACGAGGUCUCGAAGCGUGGCGAUGGCUUUUCAUCAUUGAGGGCAGCAUCUCGGUCGUUCUCUGCGGCAUUGCCUGGUUCACUCUGCCCAAGAACGCCGAGGUGGCCUGGUUUCUGACCCCGGAGGAAAGAGAGAUGAUGCAAAAGAGAAAGAUGAGGGACAUUCUCUACAAGGGCGACGACGAAUUUUCCUGGAAUUACGCCAAAAUGGCCUUCAAGGACGUCCAAAUCUACCUCGCCGCCGCCUGUGCCUUUGCCAGCUCUAUCCCAUUGUUCGGCCUGGCCAAUUUUAUGCCUACAAUAAUUCGCGGUCUCGGAUACACCUCGUAUCAAGCCAACUACCUCACCAUUCCGAUUUAUCUCUUUUCCACCAUGACGCUAUAUACGGGCGCCUGGCUAUCGGAUCGUUACCGAAGACGAGCACUAAUAGCCGUGUGUGGCACUCUCCCCGUCAUUCUCGGCUAUGCCAUUCUCCUAGGAACAGACAACGUCGGUGCUGGGUAUUUUGCCAUGUACAUGUGUGCUGGAGGCAUCUACAUUUACAACACUGUACUCUACACCUGGCUCGCGAACAACCUGAAACCGGAUUAUAAGAGGAGUGUGGGAAUUCCCUUGUUUGCAUCCUUGUCAAACAUUUCCGGGACCGUCUCUUCUCAAAUCUAUCCAAGUGCCGAUGGACCACGGUAUAUCAUGGGCAGUGCAGUCAGUAUGGGGAUGGAGGUCGUGGCCUUGAUGGGUACUGUGGCGAUCUACUUCUUGCUCCGAUCCCGGAACAUGAAGAAGCAGAAACUCAUUAACGAAGGAGCCACCACCAAUGAGAAAGAUGGCGACAAGGCUCUGGACUUUGAGUAUAUUCUCUAA